AUGCAGCCCAUUUCAACCUUCUUGAGAGUUCUCACUCUCACCACUUCUGUUCUGAGAGUUGCGGCAGACCCCAUUGCCUCAACGUGCGAGCAGUAUGGGACUAUACCAGCUGCAAAUUUCCUCCUAAACAAUAAUGAAUGGGGUUUAGAUACUGCCACGUCAGGCUCUCAAUGCACCUACCUAGACUAUGACAGCGGAAAUACCGUCUCCUGGCAGGCUUCGUGGACAUGGGCAGGGGGUAGUUCUACCGUAAAGAGCUAUCCAAAUGCCGGAUUGAACAUGGCACCAACACUCUUGAGUUCUAUAACUAGCAUGCCAUCGACGUGGAACUGGAGCUAUACUGGAACGGACCUCAUAGCUGAUGUAGCCUAUGACGCAUUCCUGUCUUCGACUAAUUCUGCCUCUGCACCUCAUGAAUACGAGAUCAUGAUUUGGCUCGGAGCAUUCGGAGGUAUUCAACCAAUAGGCUAUGGCACACCAAUUGCGUCCCCAACCAUUGGUGGCAUCACUUGGAAUCUGUACAAAGGCCCCAAUACUUGGACCGUGUAUAGUUUUGUUGCUACCAGUCAGAUAAAUAAUUUCUCUGGCGAUAUAAUGAACUUCUUCAACUACCUCAUUAAGAACCAAGGCUUGCCGGCAAACUACUACCUCCAAGUUAUGCAAGCCGGAACGGAGCCCAUGACCGGAUCCAAUGCCUGGUUUACGGUCAGCCCAUACACGCUUACCAUGAAUACUUAA